CUACACCUAUUAAGUAUAUAAGUUGACGCAACAACGCGUAUUUGUGCUUGAUUAAUUCAAUUCACGCUCAGGCGCUCUUAAUGGGCAGUCCACAGUAUUAUUAACUUUAGCCAAAAUAAAAACAAGCUUCAAAUAGUGGCCAGUCUUGUUUCGAAUAAUUGUUUGUAAACAACAACAUUCAAAAUGAAGGAUCAGCCAAAUAUAGCCGUGAUUGGUGCAGGAGUGAUCGGCAUGACAGUAGCCAAACUGUUUCAAGACCAACUAAGAAACGCAAAUAUCACGGUCAUAGCUGAAAAGUACUCAGCAGACACUACCAGUGACGUUGCUGCUGGUAUCUUCAAACCAGGGACACAUUUUAAGGGAUCCACUAAAGAAAUUACCAAGAAGUGGAUGACCGAUUCAUGGCACUUCUGGCAGGACAUUCUCAAGUCUCCCGACGCUGAACAAAUGGGUGUUAUGCCCUUAGGGAGUUACAUAUUUUCAAAGGAAAACUACCAUGUCACUAGAAAUCAUCUCAUUGAAGGUUUGGUGCCAAUCUAUCGUCCUGCUACGAAAGAAGAACUUAAGAUGGCCCCUGAAGGAACCAAAUUCGGAUCCUACUUUUCAACAUUAAAAGUUGAAUGCGAGCGUUAUUUGCCGUGGACAGGAAAAACAUUAGUCGAGAGAGGCGCAAAAAUGAUACGCGGUAAAGUGGAAAGCUUCGCAUCACUCUCAAAUUACGACCUUGUUUUUAAUUGUGCUGGUUUAGGUGCGAAGUACUUAUGUAACGAUUAUGACCUGGUGCCUAUAAGAGGUCAAAUAAUAAAGGUCAACGCGCCUUGGGUUAAACACGCACUUUAUGGAGAUUAUGAUACGUAUAUUAUCCCGGGUUUGAAUGGGAUGGUAACAUUGGGAGGGGUAAGAGGUUUCGACAGUUAUAAUUUGAAUUAUAGCAAGUACGACGCAGCGGAUAUUUUGGAACGUUGUUGUGAGUUUCUCCCCGAUUUGAAAAAUGCGGAAGUUAUUGCGCAUAAAGUUGGUUUGAGGCCUCAUAGAAUGCCGGUUCGCGUGGAGCCUGAGCUGAUUGAUGGUUUGAAAGUUGUGCAUUGUUACGGCCACGGUGGGAAUGGAGUGAUGACUGCCCCGGGCACCGCUAUCGAUGCAGUGGAAAUAGGUCUCAAUUUCUUGCGAAGUAACGUUAGGAAUAAACUUUAAAGCUUUAUAUAUACUCAUAACAUAAUAAGUA